UACAUCUCUCUCUCUCUCUCUCUCUCUCUCUCUCUUUGUGUCUUUCUCUACAAUACUCUUUACCUUCGUCCUUUCUCUCUUGUGCACGAUGCAUUCUCUCUCACUACGGAACUGCCAGCGGUUCCGUAACAUCUGGUUCUACCAACCCCGCAUACCAAAGGAACCCUUUAUUCAUGGCUACCAUCCUAGAAACCCGAAACGAUCAAAACAAUUUUUUUAUUCUUCGUGGACGGAUUAUCGGGCACGGAUUAUCCUUUCGGAACAGACCUCCUUGCUAAAGGUAGCCCCAAUUCCAAGUAGACCUCUACUGGAGGUCUCUAACCUCUCCGAAAGUUUACAAACAACUGGCCUGAAUUUCUUUUCCGUUGAAUCACGAUGCCCUGUCCAACGAUGAUCAUUCGCCGGUAGGAACAUCUUUUUUACAAAUCUUUCGUCAUCACUUCAAUUUUCUAUUUCACUUCUAUGAAACAAUUUUUUAACCACGUCCUUCGUAUGCCAUUUAUUAUUUUUUUAAAAACUUCAAAAUCCUACUCUCCAGCUCGUAUCCCUCUGUCUCACGUGUGUCGUCCGACUGUAGAUUAGAAUAAUAAAGUAAUGACUUAAAAUUCAAAUCUUUCUUACAUUUUACUUAAAUCACCUCAAAUUUCUAUGCACGAUUAUUGUAUUUGAGUGAGAGCAACCGUAUCGUAUUUUGUCAAUUUUUAUCAUUUGGACAAUUUCAAUUUUUCAUACGGUCUAUUAUAUUAUACGGUACUCUCCAUAUCAUAUGCGAUACCAUCGAAAAAGAGACGUGUGACAUAUUAAAUGAACGUAUUUCUAACUGUACCUCUUUGCUGUUUACAAUUCUCUUGUUAUCCCAGUUUUGUCUUUUAGAUAUUUUACGAUCGAUAAUAAAAUUCCGUAACAUAAUGCAAUACGUAUCGCGUUUCAUUCUGUUUCUCAGAAUGGCCAUCCUGUCCGUGAAGAAAUGCCCAAGUGACCUUGCGACGUCUCCUGUUUCUGUGAGAAUUCCUAGGAAGGAAAAUUCGAGAAAAUUCGUCUGCUCGGAUCGUCGCGACGUAACGAAGGCACCGUAAUCAGGAUCAGCAGAGAGUUUCGCCGGUAUGUCGCUGCUGUUGACAUCGGCAGAAGGAACUGGAGGGGAUAGGAGGCAUGGGCGGAGGAGAAGGAGGGGAGGCGAAUUCAGGGUCAGGUGGUUCUUCGUGAGACCCAAUUACUGGCGAAGCAUGCUGGAGAACGGUUGAGGUGGGAUUGUGCGCAUCGGAACCAGGAGAAUGUAGCUUCAGGGCCGCCGAGGGCGCCGGGACGGCAAGUCGGAAGGAUGUACCGAUAAGAGGAAAUAGAUGUGGAUAAAAUAUAAAAAGGUUGAGAGAGGCUUCUCAUAGGAAUUCUGGGAAUUCUAUACUGCGGUUAUCCGUAGCAGCGAAAACUAUGCAUAAGGUUGGGAGAGUCUCCAAGUGCAUCUUUAAUGAUUUCAAUGAUCCCCGCGAGCGCUGUCAGUCAGUCUGUUCGAAUUUUCCCGAUUUCGCUGUUUCCCUCCCCGUAACAAGGUGCAUGAUUGUGAGGGUAAAGACUAGAUAGAGAAGAAAGGAUAAGGAUUAGGUGGACGAGAACGAGUACGAGGACGUCGUACUGGGUAGCACGACGCGACGAGAGCGACGACGACGUCGGUCUGCCAACGGCGCGCAUCGAUUGGCGCGCUAGCCGUGACCCCCACCAGUCGCUUUCGCUUUCACCCAAUGGGGUCUCACUUUCGCGUUCGCCCGCGCCGAGCCCCAAGCCGGCACGCUGGCACAGCUCAGUGACUGGUGCACCCUACGUGCGAGUGCUUUCGUUGUGCUGCUCUUCUCUGCUAAGUGCGAGCCGGCGGAGCUUGAAACUGCGACGAAACGCAUAAGGGAGACUGUGAGAGAAAAGGAGAGUGAAAGAAGGAGAUAAAGGGAGAGAGAGAGAGAGAGAGAGGAGAGAAGACAAAAGAGUGAAGAAGGUUCGACCAAAUUGUCACGUCCACCAGGAGCAGCCACCCACGCUGCGCCGGUGACCCUGACACUCGUCGCUGCUGUCACGACCUCCAGUUCGCAGUCGCGUGUCCCUCCCGAGAGUAUCAUCCUCCUGGUGAAGUCUCUUCGAAGAGCCAGGACUGUUAGCCCAGUUGGAGAUUGAAUUCAGUGACCUUGACUUUGUCCACAAGAUCCAAGAGCAUCCAGAGCGAGGAGCAUCAUUCUGUUCUCAGGCAAAAACCAUCAUCCAUAAAAUCCAACGUACGUGCGACGUUUGUUCUUGGGAUCGUCGUGUCGCUUCGAUCCGUAUGUGGCUUUUAGUCUCACGUGUUGAACUUUACUCGCGAGUACAGUGCGUUUUUCACCACGACUUGUAUUUUAUAGUGCAAACAUCAGAGUCAUGUAAGUGUCAGUAACGGUUUAACUGUGCGUGUUUUUGAGGACUGAUUUAUUUUCGACAUUAGCGACAUCUAGAGGAUUUUUCACUGGCAUUCAAGUCGUGACGAGAUUUUACUUGGAAGGUACCUUUGGUCUAUCGGUUCGUCGACUAUGUGCCUCGUCUGAAGCUCGAUCGAGGUAGCAGAGAGGAGGAGGAGGAGGAGACAGGGACGAGAAAGAGAAAGAGAGAAGUGCGGGAGGAGGAAAAAAUAAAUAAAGUUGAAAAAGGACGAAAAACUGGGUAGAGAAACGAGUCCAAUCGUGCCGCAAGGCAUUGCCGGCUCCACCGAAAAAGCUGCGUGGAGUCUCUGGAGUUUUGCUGAUCUCUGGUACAGUCUCCAGGGCGAAUCGUCGAUUCUACCCGCAGGAUCAGCGGGUUCUGUCGAUCGAUCGAUCUGCCAGGAAAUGGCACCCAGACGCCAUACCAAUAGCCACGGUGGCGGUUUGCUCGAUCUCGGUGAUAACGACAUGAUGGAGAAUCUGACAAUCAACGGGCAGAAUUCAAACAGCACUCGCUGCUGCACACCAAGUGGCGAGUGUCUUCGUGGUGAUUCUCUGAUAAGGCUGAACGCCCUUCAAGACGUUGUCAAAGUGACGUGCAACAACGAGAGCUGCCCCGUCGGUCAGUUUAUGCACCGCGAGUGCUUCGACGCCUGGGAGCAGACAGUCCUGACGUAUCUGAAAAGCUGCGGCAGAGCACGCAGCUGGUCCGAGAGACAACGGCAUCAGAAUCUCUGGACCAAGAAGGGUUACGAUCUUGCGUUCAAGGCCUGCGGUUGCCGUUGCGGUCGUGGUCAUCUCAAGAAAGACCUGGACUGGAUGCCACCAGGACUGGGGAACGCGUCUGGCAAUCGUCAGGACGAGAACGAGGCGAAGAAGAAGAAGAGGCGCAAUCGGCAGAACACCAGGCCGACCUUGGCCGUUUCCGCGGGGCCACCUAGCCACACGAAUCACGGGGUGGUCGGUGGCUCUCGUGGCAGCGAGGCACAGAUGAUCGAGUCAGGACGCGGGAGAGCGGGAUCAUUGUCCUCGAGCACUGGAUCAAGUUCGCCACCUGCUACCAGCGAGCCGAGCGUCAGCCCUUUGCAUCAGCCGCAGAUCGUCAAGAAGAAGAGCAAGGUCGACUUCUUCAGUGAUCGGGCAAGACAAAGCUGCGGGGCGAACGGGAUCUUCUCUCGUCGACUGGACUUCAGCGCCUUCAACAGCCUCCCCAGGACCAAGCUCAAUUCCUAUCACAUCAAGAUGGAAGACGAGGGUAAUCAUGGUAACGACGAUACGAGAUGCUUCAUCUUAUCGACGCUGGCUGCUCUUCAGUGGUCCAGAGUAUCCUGCGUUCUCUGUCGUGCGGCCAUGCUAGUCUUCGAUAGGUAUCCCUUGGUAGAUGGUACCUUCUUCCUGUCGCCGCGACAGCACUCUCACGCCUGUGCUGAAGUAAAAGUUGAGGGUCGAACCCAGUUCUUGUCGGCCGUUUGCAUGAGUUGCCUCGAGGGCAGCGCUGGAGCUCCCGUUCGAUGUCGCUGUUGCACGAGACCCUGGGAUGGGUCAAGUCUAGUUCUUGGCACCAUGUACAGCUACGACAUCUUUGCUGCGAUGCCCUGUUGCACCGAGCGCCUCAAGUGCAACAGUUGCCAGCAACCCCUGAUCUAUCCGCAUCAACGACUGAACUUCUACUCCGACUACAGCCGCGUGUUCGCCUGUCCUCAUUGCAGGGCCGUUGAUGCCCACUUCGUGAAACCAUUGUCCGUUUGCUUCACUCGCGAACAGUUUCAGCUUUACAGCCAGUGGCCGUAACCACUAGAGAACCUGGUGCGUCGUCUAAGCACUGCGGGAGACCCUCUUUCCUUGAAUCCGCUGAUGUCUCUGCUCCAGGCAAUACUUUAGGUCUUUUAUUUCUCUACCACAUAUCCGAGUCUUGUUAGAUUUUUACGCUUUUUCCUUUUUCCUUUUUUUUUUUUUCGUUUUUCUUUUGGUCAAUCGCUUAUUUCGAAAGAGUACGGUCAUUUUUCUUUUUUCACUUUUUUUUUUCCUUGUAUCAAAUGCGAGAUGCACGCGAGAGAUCAAGAGAGUCAUUUGCGCAACUUUGUUUUUCUUGUGAUUAUACGUUUUCGGUAUACGAUGUACUUUUUUGUUUGUGUAAACUUUUUGCGUAAUUUUUGUCAAAUUAAUAAAAUCAAAUAUUUUAUUUGAGUUCGAUCUCUUGCGGCGCGCACUCGACAAGCACGAGUCUUAGUAAGACUAAGUUUUUUUGUUGAACUAGGUUAAUAAAUAAACGUAAAUCAGGGGAAGAUGGCCUACUUAAAUGCAGUUUUCAUGAUGAUGAUUAUUAUUAUGGUGAUGAGAAUGAUGCUGGCGAUCCUUGUGAUCCUUGCGGGCAUGCUUCCCGCGUUGCCGAUUUCCGCCAUCUCAAUGGAUUCCUUAUUUGAAAGGAGGUUAUGCUUGGCUUUCGGUUUGAAAAUCAAAAGUGUUUUAGGUAAAUUUUUAGUUUUAUCCUUAGGUCUUUAGUAAAUUAUCAUUAGGCAAUUUUAGUUACAUACAAAGAUUAGCUAGGCACUUUCCAUGUUAUCUUUCCUUAUGUAUUUUUAUCGAGCCAUUUUUAUUUUACAUAAGAAGCAUUGUCGGUGAUACAGGGUAGCAUCGCCCAUUGCGCAAGGAUCGCAUAUACAGUCUAGUAAAAAAAAAAAAUAAAAUAAAAAUACAGGACAGGCUCUCAUGUCAUCCAGUAGUCGAAUUAUAAUUAAACAAAAUCAACUUCACUUACAUGUAUAAACCAACUCUUAUAAGGGAAAAAAUGCUAUUGUUUGUUACUUAGAUAAUCGAUAAAGUUGUUUUUUUACAUUUUAUUAGUUUAUACGUUUAGGCGGCCAUGUUGUUUUGUUUAAGGUUUUGCAACUCAUAUGAUGGGUUCGUGUUGAACAGUUGAUUCAAAGCGUCCUCUGCGAUUAUCCAAAGGAUCCCACAUGUCAUCACGUGCAUUCCUAUAUCCGUCGCGUGACUUCCGUUGACUCAAUCGUUAAAAACAAAAAAGUUCAAUUUCAAGCUCAAAAUACCUAAAGUCCAAAUGCAACAGACCUAUUGCAAAAGACUUGUCAGGGACAUGCAUAAUCGUUGCAACCGUGAAACCACGAGUAAUAGGAAAUUUGGGAUCGAAUUUUUGGAAAAACGCAGAGGACUGAUAAAAGGAUACCGGUGUAAAUAGGAGCAGGGGAAACAAAUUUAUGGAGAAAAAAAUGUUUGGCGAUGCUGGUCGUUGCUGUCCACCUAUAGCGGCCGUCCCACGAACUACCGCCCACCGUUCCCAAAAUAAUAGACGAUUCUAUAUCCUCCUUUACGUUAUUUCAAUUAUUAUACCUAAUCCGUAUUUCAAGGAUGUUAAGUAGGACAUAGUAUCGUAGAGUGGCGGCACGUUUGAAAUUUCGCUACGCUCAUCGUCAAUCCAAAUUAGUCAAACCAACGUUUUACACGUUUCAAUUUUGGUUGCAAUGACUCAACCCGUACUUUAAUUAGUUAAGAAAACAAAAAAUGAGUGAAAUUUGUUUAUCCUGGAAUUCCGGUCCGCUGUUUAAAAUCGCUAAGAGGAUCCACUGCGGAAUUUCACGUGCCGUGUAAAAUAUUGUGACACACUGUGAAAAAGAUUUUUAAAAAUUUGAUCAUAAGCGCGAGCAAGGAAAAAUAAUGUUGGAUAGCCAAAUGCGACGUGCCGACGUAUCUUCUAUUUCAUUUUAUUUUAAUUAGUUAAUACUUUCGAUCUCUGUUCGUUCGUUCGACUGUAAGACUCAUUUACGCCUGUGCAACAGCAAGUUUUAUUAACGACGAACCGAGUUUUAUCGUCAUUGUACAUUGACUCGGUCGAACGUUUCUCAGAGUGCCAAAUAAGGUUUAGGUGUGUCUCGUAAUUUUACGCUUUUAUGCUUUUUUUCUUCCGUUUUAAACGAUCAUUCGUUUCCUUCUUUCCUGCCGGUCUGGUUAUCCAAGAUGUCGCGACAAUAGCGAAUUAGGCUCGAGUCGCUGGUGUGUGACUCCCGAAAAUUUUCAAUUUUUCACCACUUGGCCAGAAAUCAUUUUAAACAGCGCAAAGCUUCAGCGCGAUCGGAGCGUCCUUUGAGUUCCUAUUACUGCGGCCGUAAAUUUUUUUCAUGGAGAGAUAAAGAAGUAAAGAGCUUAAAGAAACUACUGUCUGUGAGUAAGAAUGAAAAUUGGCUUCGUUAAAUGAUGUAAAAGUCGAAUAAGCGGCUCGUAGUCAAUUUUUAUCUUUGAAGAAAGUGAACGAGGUAUUUUUUCCAUCGAAGCUUCCACGAGCUGCGUUCUGAUUCCUUGUGUCACGUCGAUUGGUUCCCGAUCAUGUAUCGUGUGUGGAAGAGAAAAGCAGUGAGCGAGAACAGAGAGUCGAAGCGAGAGGGAGAGAAUGAGUUUAAUUGAGAAUUGGAAUACGAGAUGGAAAUAUAAUAUUGUAAACACAGGGACGGACACGUGAUCCGGGAUAUUACGCGACAGGCGUGCGACGCCAGAAGUCUGAUGCGAUCUGUGAGCGUCUUUACUGCAAGUAAAUUAGUAGACUUUUUGUAUGGAUAUCUAGAUAAUAUAGCGCUAAGUAAGAAAGUAAAAAUUAAGCGGACGGUUUGUUGAGCGUAUUAGAAAUUUCGAUUGUGCGUGUGUGUGUUUAUUGAGAAAUGGAAUAUGAGACAUAAUAAUCGACGAGAGAGGAUGUGAGGUCAUUCGAAAAAAUAUGUGUGGGAGAGUGAGAGAGAGAGAGAGAGAGAGCGAGGGAAAGGCGUAGAGAGUGUAAGUUUUGAGAAUGAUGAUAAAGAGAGAGGAUUGGCUAGGAAUAUGCUUUUUAUACUUUCUUAAUAUAAAAUUAAUAUAUAUAUAUAUAUAUAUAUAUAUAACGAAAGACUCUUAAGUGAAAUACAUUGAUUGGUUUCACCAUACAUUUUUCACGAUGCUUUGGACGCGCGAGGCUACUUCGAUCGAUGAAGUUUUUCUGUGACGAGAGAGGGAGAGGAGGGGAAGCAACGCGAAGAUUUUCGGUGGGAAGAAAAAGUCUAUAAAAAAAAUGAAAAAACAUAAGACGUAGAUUGUAAGGCUCGAAGUAGCGUUUGAUAUCUGGUAUAUAGUACGCUGUAAGAUUGGGAGCACGGGUUUCAUCUUCCAUCCUGAAUUGAAGAAGGAGCGGAAGGGACUCUGGGCUCCGUUUCUUUUUCUAAGAGAAUGAUAAGGUUUGUAUUUGAGAAUGUAGAUACGACGUAUUUGCUAUAUGUACUAAGAUUUAUCAUAGUUAAGCUAACUUUUUUAUUCCGAUAACUAUACGAUUUUAUACUUUUGCUAUACACGUGUCCGCGAGGAGGGUUCGCGCGGGGAGACUCGCGGAUUUUUGGAUUUUUUUCGAAUUUCGAAACUCGAAAAUUACCAAUUGAUACGGUAACGGUUUGUGAUUCUUGUAGAGAGAUUGUGAAAGGGUAUGCGGGAGAGUAAAAAUUAUAGGCGUAGAAGGGAAGGGGGUUAGGGGGGACAGAGAGGAGGCGAAGCGAACACAGAUUGAAGUAGACAGGAUGACAGGAAGACAGAAAAGACAGACAGGCUUGCCAACUCUUGGGAGACAGAGAUAACGAUAGCCUGGGAAUUUUCGAUAGCCAAAGAACGCGAGAGACUUUUCUUCUAGGAUCGAGAAGGGACUUCUCACAGUGACGUAUACGUUCUCCGUGGAGAGAGAGAGAGAGAGGAAAAGAGAAAAAAGAGAUCCUGACUUUUUUACCUUUAUAAAUUCCCCCCCCCCAACUUACCACCCCGCGUAGCCCCUCGCGUGUCCCGUCCGCGGGGAUCUCGAUGGAGUGAAAAUUUUGUAUUGAUGUUUUUAGAAGAGAGAGAUUUAUCGGUAAGGGUAAAUCGCCGGCCGAUAUCGCGGAUAGGUCUUGACGCGAGAGAUUGAGAGAUAGCAUUGUGCGAAUCGAGGGAAAAAUAAUGGCGGCAGCCUCAGGGACGUAUUGUGUUAACGAAAGAAAAAGCCUAAUGGCGUUAUGGUGCCAGGGUGGAUGUGUACGAAGCCAAAGUAAAUUUUGAAGAUUUUCCUCGCGCGGCCGAGUUUUCCUUAAUAACGGUCGGCGAGAUCGGUUUUAUAAGGUAAUUUAUAGCUCAGUUUUAUGAAUUUGAUAUUCGAGAAGCAAUCGAGUCGCGUUUUUUCGAGGCGGAAACGGUUAUGAGUGGUUGAACUAUGAAUAGAGUUUAGAGUAACGAUUAUAAGAUAGAGGUUUGAAUCAUCGAUGCUGUAAAGAUUAUUAUAGAAAUUUAAGCGAUUAAGUUUUCUUCGUGGACGGUCCCCGAUCCUAUCCACGCCUCGGUAAAGAAGACACGCAUUGCGUAAUGCGCACGAUGCCCAACCAUAACGUAAUUACGUAACUCCGAAUCUACGCGCGCGCAAUACGAAUCGUCCAAUCGUCGUGUCAACGUGUUAUCGCGCCAUUGACAAUUAGAAACAAUUUUCAGGAGUCAGGCUCUCGUGCGAUUUAUAUAGUACAUCAAUUUUUCGCACACACGUAUACAAGAUACUUCAUGCGCGAGAGUCUACUUCCGUAUGACGGACACGACGUAUUCGCAAAUUUCCUUGGUUUCUCGUUCCACUUCCGGUAGCACCGUUUAUAACAGAGGCACGACGGUCGCUCAAACGGACAAAUAAUUCUCCGACUCUUCUACACCGUAUCGAUUCUCCGAAUUCUCGAAGAAUUAUAUUGGGAAUUCUUAUGCGUGCCGUAUCGCGAAUUUUCCAGGCAAUUGGAAUUAGGGAGAAAAUGAAAAAUCUUUGAAAAUAGUAGUCCGCACGAUGAUGUGCGGCUUUGACCUGCCGAUUUGAAUAAAUAGUUAUUCUGUCGGAUUUGCUUGUCUCGGCCUAAUGAGACGUAGGAAUUGAUUGGGAGAAUUGACGACUGCACCAUUGCUAUCGGUGCGCUUGCACCAUCUUACUCAGUCGCGUCUCUUUGUAUUCGGAUUCGCUGGAAGUGGGAGGUUCAGGGUGGAGGGCGAUUUCGCGUGAACGAAUGAAAGGGGAAAAGAAAACAAAGUUAAUAACUUCGAUUCGACGGAAAGAAGAUAUUGGUGCCGAGUCGAAUACUUGGUAAAUGAACGCCGAUUAAUUAAGCUAAUGAUUAUUAUUGAGAUAUACGUUGUGCGAUCGGUACCGAUUGGAAAUCGAAGGGCGCUUUUUGUUUUGUACUAGUAGGCUAUCGUGUCAUAUUACAUUUAAACUAAAUAAAUAUUUGUACGAGUUCUAGAAGACAUUUUUUCCUAGGGACAUUUAAAUUUGUAAUUGAAACGUAAAUUAAAAGUCGAUUGUUUGAA